AUGUCUACAAGCGAUGAUUACCAAACCUACAAGUUGGGCAACUUCAAGCUCAAGUCGGGUGGAGAGAUUCCAGACGCUUUCAUCGCCUACAAGACAUUAGGUGACCCAUCGCUACCUGCGAUCAUAUAUCCAACAUGGUAUUCAGGGACGAUUUCCGACAACAUCUGGCUGACGGGUUCUGACAAGACACUAAACCCUUCUGAAUACUACAUCAUCAUGCCUGCUUUAUUCGGCAACGGGCAGUCAUCUUCACCAUCCAACAUGCCAGGUUUGCGCCCGUUUCCAGAAGUGCUGUUCUACGACAACGUGAGAGCGCAGCAUGAGCUCGUCACUAAACAUCUUGGUGUAAAGCAUGCUCGUGCAGUCCUUGGUUGGUCUAUGGGUGCAGGACAGACGUACCAGUGGGCUACGCAGUUCCCCGACUUUAUGGACCUCGCGGUACCGUUCUGUGGAAGUGCAAAGACGAGCUUGCAUAACCAGGUCUUCCUAGAAGGCGUCAAGAGCGCCUUGUACGCUGCAAUAGGAACAAGUUCAGCAGGAGUUGCGAAGCCGAGUCUUCUAGCUGCUCAAGGCAAAACAGCGCAAUUCGCAUCCUCGAACCGAGAGGUCGGAUUGAAGGCUCUUGGACGCGUUUAUGCUGGCUGGGGGUUCUCACAAGCAUUCUAUCGUGAAAAGCUGUAUGAGACAGCACCCACGCUUGGAUUCAAGAAUCUGGACGACUUUCUUGUCAACUUCUGGGAAGCUUGGGCGCUCUCGAAAGACCCAGAGAAUAUGCUGGUCAUGGCGCAUACAUGGCAAGCUGGUGACUGCUCGCAGCAAGAACCGUAUAAUGGCGAUUUUGAGAAAGCGAUGAAGGGUAUCAAAGCGAAGACACUUGUCCUGCCAGCGAAGACAGAUCUGUAUUUCCCACCAGAAGAUUCGGAAAUCGAGGUUCAGAACAUGAAGCCAGGCGUGGGAACAUUGAGGGUUUUUCCAUCUAUCUGGGGCCACUGGGCCGGCGGACCAGGGCAGUCGACCGAAGACGUGAAAUGGUUGGAUGCCCAAAUCCGGGAGUUCUUUUCGAAGAACUGA